AUUUCGUGCAUAUGGUUUUACCGGAAGCUGCGGGAAUGCGGCGGAAGCGAGUGCGCAGAGCUCAAAGUUAUUUUAUUUGCCACUCACCAGAUGGAGGCUCUUUCAACCAUCCGCUGGCUUCGAAAUGGUGGAUACUAAAGCGAAGGCUCCGGCCAAACCUGUGGCUACUGAUGCCAAAAAAGAGGGUGUCAAGCAGCGUGGUAAACCUAGAAAUCGCGACCUAGGAAAUGGCGUCUACAGAUUCAGCCGAACCCGAAUGUAUCACAAGAAGGCUAUCUACAAGUUUGUGGGCAAGACAACUGAAAAAACUGUGAAGCCCAAGAAGCCCAUUGCUAUUGAGAAAAAGAUUGGUGGUGAGAAGAACGGAGGCACUAGGUUGGUUCUAUUGAAGAAAAGGAGGAAGAGCUACCCUACUUCUGAUCCAGUGACUGUUCACCACGCAAAGAAAACUUUCCGUGAUCACGUUCGCAAAUUCAGACCCACUCUUGUGCCUGGCACUAUCCUGAUUUUGUUGGCUGGAGCUCACAAGGGAAAGCGAGUUGUUCUGCUGAAGCGUCUUAAAAGUGGUCUCUUGUUGGUAACUGGUCCAUUCCUCAUCAAUGCGUGUCCUUUACGUCGAGUUAGCCAGAACUAUGUGAUUGCUACAUCAACGAGGAUCAAUCUGUCUGGUGUAAAGUUUCCAAAAGAAGUAGUCAAGGACGAAUACUACAAGAGGACCCACCACAAACGUGCAAAGAAAGCAGAAGGGGAUAUUUUCAGCACAAAGAAAGUAGACUACAAACCCUCUGAACAGAGGAAAAUUGAUCAAAAAGUUGUAGACAAGCUGGUUAUCGGAGCCAUCAAGAAACACCAAGACAAGAAAUUAUUGUUCACUUACUUGUCGGCAAUGUUUGGCCUUCGAAGUAGCCAAUAUCCCCACAGAAUGAAAUUCUAAUCCCAUCUGAUAUAUCAUUCAUGUGCACUUCCAUGCAUCGUUGUACACUUGGGGAAAAUAAAAAACUGAAAAAUUA